UGUUACUGCCUCUCGCGCCUGCCAGUCCAAGACACUCCAGCCAAUCAGGAGCUCUGUCCUCAGGUUUACGUCACAGGCGCUCACCGGCAGCUAACGCCAGGAUCCAAGAUGUCCGCGAUGUUCCCCAUGUGUGUGAGAGCGAGCCGGAGCCUUCUGCGGUUCCAGAGCGGGACGGCAGCAGCUUCCUGCCCGCGGCAGGUGCUGGAUCUCAUCCGGACUCUGUCCACGGAGAAGAACCCAGCCGGUACCGGCGGUGCGACGGGAGGGUUAGCCCAGGCUAUCCUCCAGGAGAGGCUCCAGCAGAGUCAGGGUCAGCCGCCACCAGGGGGCGAUCCGGGCCAGAAGGACGGAGAGCAGACGGAGGACAGGAAGCAGAAGGAGAACUCUGCCUACGCCAAGAAGAUGGUGCUGCGGCUGGCGGGGCUCAUGGGAGUGGGCGGGGCCGCCAGCCUCGUCUACAUCUUUGGAACAAAUUCAGAGGAUGAGCAAGGAAACAAGAUUCCUGAUGAGUUUGAUAAAGAUCCGCCCGUCGUCCAGCAGCUCAGGAGAACUUACAAGUACUUCAAGGACUACCGACAGAUGAUCAUCGAGCCGACGAGUCCGAAGCUGCUUCCCGACCCGCUGAAGGAGCCGUACUACCAGCCGCCGUACACUCUGGUUCUGGAGCUGACCGACGUUCUGCUGCACCCGGAGUGGUCGCUGUCCACCGGGUGGCGCUUCAAGAAGAGGCCCGGCAUCGACUUCCUGUUCCAGCAGCUGGCGCCGCUCUACGAGAUCGUCAUCUUCACGGCCGAGACGGGCAUGACGGCGUACCCUCUGAUCGACAGCAUCGACCCGCAGGGCUUCGUCAUGUACCGCCUCUUCAGGGACGCCACGCGCUACAUGGAGGGUCACCAUGUCAAGGACGUGUCGUGUCUGAACCGGGCCAGCAGCAAGGUGAUCGUGGUGGACUGCAAGCGCGAGGCGUUCCAGCUGCAGCCCUUCAACGGCCUGGCGCUCAGGAAGUGGGACGGAAACUCCGACGACCGGACCCUCUACGACCUCGCCAACUUCUUGAAGGCAAUCGCUCUGAGCGGUGUGGACGACGUGCGCAGCGUCCUGGAGAACUACGCCCUGGAGGACGACCCCAUCGAGGCCUUCAAACGCCGCCAGGCCCAGCUGGCCCAGGAGGAGCAGCAGCGCCUGGCGGACCUCUCCCAGCAGAAGAAGCCGCCUCUCUCUCUGGGCUCCAUCGCGACCCGGUUCUGGCGCUCCAAGCAGCAGUGAGGCCCGCAGCCCCCCGACCCAGAAGGCGGGUUCUGGAAGCGGAGCGGGUUCUGGAAGCGGAGCGGGGCUCUGGAAGCCCCGGCCCCCUUCCUCUCUGUGUGUCCUGAUUGGACCC